CCCCCAAAAUUCUUUUCUUAAUAUAUUUUCCUUUCAUCUCAAAGAAAUUUCACAAAACUCUCCAAAUCUAAAAAAAAAAAAGCUCAUCUCUCGUCUCUCUCGAAAUCAAAUCAAAGAUGUCGACGACGAAGAAGAUCGUGUUGAAGAGUUCCGAUGGUGAAUCUUUUGAGGUUGAUGAAUUGGUUGCUCUCGAGUCACAGACCAUAGCUCAUAUGGUUGAAGACGACUGCGUCGACAACGGUGUCCCUCUCCCUAACGUUACGAGCAAGAUCCUCGCUAAGGUGAUCGAGUAUUGCAAGAAACACGUCGAGGUUACUGCUUCCAAGACCGACGCCGUUGAUGGUGCUGCUUCUUCUGCCGACGAAGAACUCAAGACCUGGGAUGCUGAGUUUAUGAAGAUCGAUCAGGCUACCCUCUUUGAACUCAUCCUGGCUGCGAAUUACCUGAACAUCAAGAACUUGCUUGACCUAACAUGUCAAACCGUGGCUGAUAUGAUCAAGGGGAAGACUCCAGAAGAGAUCCGCACAACCUUCAACAUCAAGAAUGACUUCACACCAGAGGAAGAAGAGGAGGUUCGCAGAGAGAACCAAUGGGCUUUUGAAUGAUUCAGCCUCUGAUGGUUCGAAGAUCCUAAACCCAAGUCUCUCGUCUUUGCCUUAUGUUUAUCCCCGUCCGUUUUCUUCCAAGUGUUUGAUGAUGACUUCUUUGCUUUUUUUUUAAAUAUUCAUGACUAUGUUCUCUUCUCUUCCUCUCUUUGUCCUUCUCUGUUAUGAUAUCAAGAACCACCAAUGUCUUUUUACUCUUUUGGAUAAUUUGUGCUUUUUAGUUAUCUUUUAAGAGUGAAUUUGCUGGUUUGCCUUAUU